AUGGAGGAUGACAAGAAGACCAAGUACCGCGGCGUGCGUACGCGGCCUUGGGGCAAGUUCGCCGCCGAGAUCCGUGACCCCGAGCGUGGCGGCGCCCGCGUCUGGCUCGGCACGUUUGACACGGCCGAGGAGGCCGCGAGGGCGUACGACCGCGCGGCUUUUGCCCAGAGGGGCGCCACUGCCGUGCUAAACUUCCCCGGCGAGGCCGGGGGCGCCUUCGGCUCGUCUUCGUCCGCCCCGGCUGGCUCCGGUGCCGGCACGGGCAGGGGUCGCGGGGGCACAGAGAAGAUCGAACUGGAGUACCUCGACGACAGCCUCCUGGACGAGCUUCUCGACGACAGCAAGUACGAAGAAAUGACCUACACAAAUACAUACUUUUUCCGUAAGAAAAUAUUUGUCAUCAAAAUGAAUAAGAAGAGAUGUAUCUAA